UCCAUGAAUCACCGUGUGACCAUAAAUCUCCAUCGCUGUUGAACAACCGGUCAUACCCAGAACGCAGCCGGUCAGGAAGACAGGUAGUGAUGAUCAACUAGACUUCUAGCUACAGGUUGACAGUGCCCAGAGGCGACCUCAAAGCGACAAAGAAGAGGAGCAAAAGGAGCUAAAGAAGGAAACUUGUACUGUCUGUUUAUUAUUCUUGUCCAUGAUGCGGGACUCUGUCUUCAACUGCUGUGUUUCCCCAUCCCACCCCCCUGGAGGAGCAGAGGAGCAUCAUGAGCAUAGUAGCAGAGCUCAGGCUCAGCCCCCUAAUGAUAGGCGUUUCCUUAUAUUCUUUGACUUUGAUGAGACCCUUGUGGACGAGUGCAGCGACGACUGUAUGGUUACCGCGGCGCCUGGUGGAGCCCUGCCCGGUUGGCUGAAGGACACGUACCGCCCUGGCCACUAUAAUGAGUACAUGCAACGUGUGCUGGCCUUCCUCGCCGAACAGGGGGUCACGCCGGCAGCCAUCAGAAGCACAUUGCAAAAGCUCCCUCCCUGCCCUGGCAUCCCAGCCUUAAUGCAGUUCUUGCUUUCCCAGCCAUCACGUGACUUUGAGGUCAUUUGUGUGUCUGAUGCCAAUACAGUCUUCAUAGAGACGUGGCUGCAGCACUUGGGGUUCCGCCCACUGUUUCUUCGCAUUUUCAGCAACCCAGCUCACUUUGAUGAUAAUGGGCAGCUGCAGCUUCGCCCCUUCCACUCCCACGACUGCCUGCGGUGCCCGGCGAACAUGUGCAAGGCGGUGGUGGUGAGACAGUACUUGGCCCAGCGCAUACGUGAGAGGGGUGGGCGACCCUAUCAGAAGGUUCUGUAUGUAGGUGAUGGUGCCAAUGAUUUCUGCCCAUCACUAACCCUAUCACCAGGUGAUAUUGCCUUCCCCCGUUGGGACUUCCCAAUGCAUAAACUGAUCCGAGAGAUGGGGGAAGCCAAACCUGGAGAGUUUAAGGCCACUGUGGUGCCCUGGAAGAGUGGAGAGGAUGUCAUUAGCACACUAAAGAAGAUAUUAGAGAGGCCUUAAAUAUAUUUAUGCAGCUUUUAUGGAUAUCAAGCCACAAGAAAGUUGUGCAAUCGUAUACACACUUAAAAUCAUAAUGAAAUGAAUAUGUGUUAUGUAUGUGUCAUUCAUACAUAACACUUAUGUACUGUUAUUUUUGAGAGGUGCUAUGAUAAAUGAUUAUUUAUGUGAAAAUGUGUCAUCAACUAAAAUAAUCUUUAUUGCUGUUAAUGAAAAAGAACCUGGUUGUAUUUGUUAUUUAAAUGUAACCUUUUAGAAAAAAGAUAACUUUUUAUAUUUCAUUUUAUCUUUAUAUAUCCAUGUAACUAUGAAAUACAAAUUGAUCUCAAUAGAUUUCAUUGGUUUUCCUAGACUGCUUGGUUAACAUGCCUUUGUGGGUAAACUAAUGUUUUUAUACUCAUACUGUGUUGGCAAGAUCUGCUGUAGUUAUUAAUUGUGUCUUUUUUUCUAUGUCUGUGAGCACAGAAACCGUUACAAAAAUUGACUGUCACAUUAUAGAUUUGAGAUCUAUGUAGCUCAAAAUGAGAUUUAAAGUCAUUUAUAUAACUUUCUGUCUCUUCUGUGUAUGUUUUUACCCAGAACCCAUUACUUACUGGUCAAGUGUUCAGUAUUUCUAUAUUUGAUAUUUUAUAAUCAUAAUAUCAGUCAUCUAAACUUUGUAUUUGUGGGUUCUGUCUUGAGAAGAAAAUGACAAAACAACAGAAAAAAUUGAAAAAUUAAACGAUUCACUGAAAUAAUAAUUUCCCCAGAUAUCAAUAUGGUUUUAUAUUUAGGCUUGAUGAUCACUCCUGUGACCUAUUUAGUUAAUUUCUUUAAAAUAACAAUUUUU